UUGUACCAUUUAUUUGCCAUAGUCUUUUCUGUUAAAAAUACAAUUAAAUUAAUGUCUGUUGCUGCGGAGCUCUAAAAUACCUCGCCCGUCUCUCACUCUAUGAAUGGUCACUGCUUUUCGAAUACCUCGAAACAUCCCUACCCUUAACCCUAAACUCUAACCAUAAACUAAACUUAACCCAUAAUCAUUUUACAUUACAUUGAAGUACGGACAUCCAAGGAUCCCGGAUAGCACGAACACUCUGGGAAAUCAAAUGAACUUGUCUGUUAGACUGCUCCUAUUGGUUGUUUGUCUGAUGUACUGGGAACUCGCAACAACAGUCUGUCUAGACGCCUGUUGCCCAGCAACCGCACACGCCAGGGACAUGAAGGAAACAAUGUUGACGAGGCAAGAUAGCAAAUCAUCGAGUAUGGGGUUCUAGAACUAAGCAUUUUAUGGAACUUUCUUGAGAAAACAUCUGGGAAUCAUGUCACGCUCAGCGGCCAAAUCUCGCGACAAGAGUCGUGCUGCCAGCUUGGUUCUGGCACCUGCUCUUCCUCGCCCUGCCUCGGUCCAGAAUGUGGAGACAGUGGACAUUGUCCCAGGUCGCCUCACGGAAGCAGCCUGGGUCACCAUGACAACACAGGACAACGGGGAGGAGGUGGUGGCGGAGAUCAUGGGAGAGCUGGAGGCUGCAGUGAUGGACAGGUGCUAUCAGGUGUACCUGCAAAAACAGCUGGUGCCAUUCACAGUGACCCGGGCCUAUGAAAGCCUGGUGCAGAUGUCUGACUGGCUGUUCCUGGCGAGGGAUGAGGGUGAGGGGCGAGAGAGUGUCACUUUGUGGGGGGAGGACACAGAGCCUGAACCCUGUAAGAGCGACUCAUGGGCCGAGGGCUGUGUUCCUGUCCGGUACACCAGUGUGAGCUCACACACACCUCUUUUGCAGAAGUUGCUAGAUUUACACCUGGCAGAGUCUGCUGAUCCAUGGGAUACACAGAGCAAGCCCCAGUCUCCCAGUAGACAGGACAGCAAGCCCCAGUCUCCCAGUAGACAGGACAGCAAGCUCCAGUCACCUACAAAGCCAGAGCCUCCAGACAGAGAGAGAACAGUCCUAGCAAAAAAAAGAAUGGUGGAUUCAACUGAACCUGAGAAGCCAGACAAGGCAGAGAAGAUAGCACCAGAGGAAGUCCAACCCUCACCUUACCUCACUGUAGCCACCUAUAAAGCCCAGAGGAGGAGACAGUCUCAGACCCAACCAGGCGCACACAAGGCCCUACCACCACCUCUGAAGACCUACAAACCCUUAUUCACCCCUAGUGAACCAGCCCAGCAGUACCAGAGCCUCUCUGUACCCCAACUUCAGGGGCAUAGACCACGAGAGGUCCCAGUCCCUAGGAGACUGGACCCCGCUAGACUACCACAACACCAUGUCUGGCCUGAGGUGGAGGUCCUGGAGCCUCGGCCCUCACACCGCUUAAAGGAGAGAAUAGGGCCCAAAAACAGGGCCCCCCACCGGCCCAAUCAGGACCAUCACAGCAUGGCACGCCGAGGCACCAUCACCCCCCUGACUGCCCACACCCACCAUGCUUUACCCAGCAAGACUCGGAAGAAGAGUCUGCACCAUGGUGUCCAGCUACAGAGGCAUGUGCUCCGAGGCGGUACCCAGCCAAGUGGCUCAACUGUGGGCUACACUCCGCUCUCCACUGGCCUCGAUCUGGAUACCAUUGAGCUGGUGCCAGGAGUGGCCAUUGGGGACCCAGUAUGUGGGACUGGGGAAAACAAGCCGUUCUGGGUUUCCCAUCUGCCUGAGCUGAGGCCUAUCAGAAGCAGCCUCCCGGCCAUGUUGUGGUCCUUGAAUCAGGUGGUGGGAGGGCAGAGCCCUCGAGUCAGUGCCCCCACUGGGAAACACUGGGCAUGAGGAGCGAUAGGAACCACUGCAGUCUCAAUCACACUGCAGCCUAAUGGACUGUCAUUUGAUGAAUAGGUGCUGAUUUGCUUUUAUUUAAUAAAGAGAAGAUGUGAAUUCCAUGUUAUAUUCUAAGUUUAAUUUAAGCUAUUCCAGCAUGUAAAAGCUCUCUUCCAAAUGUUGUGUUUUUUUAAGGAAGGCCACCUAGCGUCUAAACCUAUUUAAAUCAGGGACUGCACUUGAGUUUGUGUACAUAUUUUGAUGCUUUUCUUCUGUGAGAUAGUGCUCCCAUGUUUUGUCAGAUGAACUUCAACCUCUACCCCCCAUGUAUUGUUAACCAGUUACAUAACAACACAGUGAUAUUGUUACAUGAUUGUUACUGAUCACCUGUUUGUUUUCAACUUUGCCUUGUUCAUAGAUGUCCUGAGGUUUGAUGUUAAUGCAGUUCAAUACUUGACCCCAUGAUGGCAGUGCGGAUCAUAUUCUAACAUUUGUCAUCAAAAUGCUUCUGAGCAAAUUCAGGAGUUGUUUGCUAGGGUGCACCAAGAAUAUGCGACGUCAACAGAUGACCAAGGAACAUACAUUAAACACCAUUGUUCAGGUCUGGCUCAACGCUUCAUACACUUACUUUAUUUUAGACAUAUAUUAUCUUUUGUAAUGACAUUAAUUCUCACCACUGAAAACGGAGUCUUAUCAACCAUUGAGAAGAGUAUUUAAAAAAACAUCUAUGACUAGUAUCCCAUUUUGGCAAUUAUUAUGUGUUGAGUUCCUGCAUAGCGAUAAGGGCACUGUUUUUCUGUUUUUACUGCAAGAAAUACCAAAAUAUCCCCCAGCUAAUUUUGCACUAUAUGCAUGAAUUGUUUACAGACCUGCACACCAGGUACCGUAUGUGGCACCUCAACAUAAAGAUCUUAUUUUUACUAUAUAGUACAUAUAUUUUUGAUCAUUUAUGUAUGAUAUUGAUGUAUUAUGUAUAUGGUUCUGUACAUUCUGGCUAACAUUUCAAGCAUAAUAAGAGUUAGACAUAGGCAUCAGAGGGCCCAAGCUAAGGGGCCCCACUGUUGAUUGACAUGUGCCAUCAAAUCAAAAUCUAAUCAAAUGUAUUUUUUAUGAAGCCCUUUUUACAUCAGCAGUUGUCACAAAGUUCUUAUAAGUUGUGUAAUCAGUUUCAUUGUGGACUCCACAGAGUUUUAUAGAGGGCUGUGUGUCAUUCUCUAAAAGCACUCUUGCCAGCUGACACAUAUUGAGAAAAUAGCUCAGAUUCAUAGAUGUUGAGCUUUUCAUGCAGAUACUGUAUAACUCAUUGGAAAAUAGCCUGUUUGUGGAUGAGCCUUAUGCAUGCAUAGUAGAGUAACAUACUAUAUCAUGACUAGUUUAGCUAAGAUAAACUGAUCAUUAUAAUAUUAUCCCAAACAGGCAAGGUUGUGGGCGAUGCAUUGGUCAGGGUUUUGUAUAUCAGUAAUUUUUCUAUAUUUUAUACGAGCAGUAGAUAUUUUCUUUUAAAUGACACAAUCCCCAUCCAGUAAGAGGAUUUAAUAUGCCUGGUUUAUAUCCAAUAUAUCAUCAACAUGUAAAAUGUUAAA